AUGAUGAUCGGCCCAAAGCCGGUGAUUCUGGUGAACCAUCCGGAUCUGGUGCAGCAGGUCCUGACGAGGAACGACAUGUGCGGGAAGCCGUUCUUUUACGAUUUUUUGGGGAUCAAGGGUGGUCUGGUUUCUGAGAGGGAUGGCAAAAAGUGGCUGAUUACGCGGAAAGCGUUGAACCCGACGUUCAACACCCGAGUGCUGACCAACUUUGUGCCGAUCAUGGAUGCGCGGGCAAAGAAGUUGGUGGAAACGAUGCGACCUUUGGCGGAUUCUGGGGAAAAGAUCAACAUCUUGGAGUAUCUUAGCGAGUGCACGCUGGAAAUGGUCUUCAGUACGACGAUGGGACGUAAGGCGUACGAGCUGCCCGGGCAGAAGGAUUAUGUCAAGCACUUGGAGUCGGUUUUGACACGAUUAGGAGAACGAAUCGUAGAUGUUAGCCAAUUCCUUGGAGUGUUCUACAGGAUGACCGAUGCUUACAAGAAAGAGCAAAUAUCCAGGAAGUUCUGCGAUAAAUUCACAGAUAACUUCAUCCUGGAAAGACGCCAAGAACUUCAGCAGGACGCUAAGCCAAAAACAGUUGACGACGAAUACGAAGCAAAAUCUCUGAACUUUUUGGAUCAAAUUUUGACCAUUCGAAAGUCCGACGGAACCUUUUUCGGAGAUCAAGAAAUCGCAAACAACCUGUACAACGUCAUGGCCGGAGGCAACGACACGUCCGCCCUCACGGUGUCUUUCGCCUGUCUCUUUCUAGCAAUGAACCCCGACAUUCAAGCCAACGUCUUCGCCGAAAUCAGUGCCAUCUUCGACCAGGACCAGAUGGAUCUCAGCUUGCUCAAACAGCUCAAGUACACCGAACGCUUCCUGAAGGAGGUCCUCCGACUUUGUCCGGCGGUGCCCUUUGUGGCACGAGAAACACCCACCGAUUCUCAGUUACAACUGGACGGCGUAAAAAUCCCGCCAAAUCAAAUCCUCGCGUUCAACCUGUUCACCCUGCAUCGUCGGCCGGACUUUUGGGGACCGGAUCCGGAACGGUUCGAUCCAGAUCGAUUCCUCCCGGAAGCCGUCGAGCAGCGGCAUCCGUACGCGUACGUUCCGUUCAGUGCCGGGGUGAGGAACUGUGUAGGCUAUCGGUACGCCAAGAAUUCCCUACUGAUCAUGCUGGUCAGGAUACUGCAGCAGUUUGAGCUUGGGACCGAUUUGAAGCAGGAACAGUUGAGGUACAAGUACGAGAUUUCACUGAAGCUGGUGGGGCCACACAGUGUAUGGUUGAAGAAGCGGAGUGGAUUGAAAUUAUAA